AUGAAAUUUCUUAUUUGUCUUUUGGCUCUAUCAUUUUUGAAUUUGAUGGCUAAUUCAUCACGUGUCUCUCCUCAUGGUUUAGAACACAAGCAACCAAAAGAUUUCAACAUUGAUAUUAUAAAGACUGUGGUGGUUGGUCAAAGUGGUGAAACUGACUUCAAAACCGUCCAAGCAGCCAUUGACUCCAUUCCUUCUGGUAACAAUAACUGGAUUAAGAUCCAUCUUAAAAACGGAAUCUACGUCGAAAAAAUAGUGAUUCCGAUCCAGAAACAAAAGAUAAUAAUUCAGGGAAACAACCCAUCAGAAGUGAUAGUUCAAUAUAAUGAUGCAGGACAAGCCGAUUCGAGUGGUCCGAUCGUCGUUAACGCCGAGUACUUCGUUGCGAUCAAUGUUACAUUCAAGAAUUCUUAUAACAGUAGAACAUCACUAGUACCGCAUAAAGAGAUAAAAGUAGCUCCAUCAAUUGUACUAAUGGCGGAUAAGGCGUGGUUCUAUGGCUGCAGCUUCAUCAGUGUCCAAGACACACUGGCUGACUUUGUCGGCCGUCACUACUUCAAGAACUGUUACAUCGAAGGAGCCAUUGAUUUUAUAUGGGGAGGAGGCCAAUCUAUAUACGAAAAGUGCGUGAUAUACGUUAAAGGAGUGACAAAAGAUGAAUCGGUGAAAAGCGGAGCAUUGAUGGCGGGAUUCAUAACCGCGCAAGGGAGGCAAAGCGAGCAAGACACAAGUGGAUUUGUGUUCAAAUACUGCACGAUUAAAGGAGAUGGUAAGGCGUACUUGGGAAGAGCUUACCGAGACUACUCUAGAGUUGUCUUUUAUGCAACCAGCAUGUCUAAUGUUAUUGUUCCUCAAGGAUGGGACGCUUGGCAUUAUAAAGGCAAAGAGGAUAAAAUUACAUUUGCGGAGGUAAACUGCACGGGAGAAGGAGCGAAUAAGCAAGGAAGAGUUGAAUGGGACAAGAAUCUUUCUGAUAGAGAUAUUGCUCCUCUUGUAAAAACUAAAACUUUCAUUUCUGGAGAUGGUUGGAUGACUACUCUUCCUUCUUCUCUAUCCUCUUUGUAG